UGGAAAGUGAUGAUUAAUUCAAGGGUCUCUUAAUUCAAUGUUUUUUGUUAGAAGAAAUAUUAGUGAUGUGGUGAAGCCAAGAAGAUUGAUUUACGGCCACAUAGGAUUCAAUAUGAGCUGGAUUUAAUAAUGUUCACAUAAAAAGAGCCAUCAAAACAUAAUAAAAUAAAUUGUUCAUGUUCCUUUAUAUUUUAUUGUUUCAUCCUAAAUUUAUUUAUUUGUUUCUACUUCAAAAAAAUUCCGAAAAUCUUGGAAACUAUUAGAGGACUAAAAAAGUUGUUAGAGAGAGAGACCAAACAAAACUGCAGAUGAUUGAUUUGCAAUGGAUUUUGAUUAUUGAGGAAAGAACAAGAAGAAAGAAAGAUUAAAAAAAGACAGAAAAACUCAAAAACCAUAUUUCAUCUCUUUUAUUUGGUUAAUGCCAAAUAAAACAAACUCAUAAUUUAUGAAAACUUAAUUAAGUUAAAAUAUUAGAAUCUUGGAGAAACUAUUGUUUUUUCUUGAAGAUAGGUUUCAUGUGUGGGUUUUUGAGACAAUGCAGAGGGAGAGAAUGAGCAAGAAGAAGAGUAGUCAGGUUCAUUGUAUUUCCUCUCAUGAUCAUAUUCUCAUGAUGACUUCAACUUCAAAACACAUUCCUGAGAUCAGAUUGUACAAAGCCUGGAAGGGUAACAACAGAUUUUUCUGUGGUGGGAGACUAAUCUUUGGUCCUGAUGUUAACUCUCUCUUCCUAACCUCUUUCUUGAUUGGAGCCCCUGCCCUUACAUUCUGCAUAAGGAUGCUCGUGUGGAUUCAAAAAGACGAUCCUAUCUUCAACUACACCGUUCUGACUUCAGCAUUUAUCCUCACCCUCUUGGUGUUUACGUUUCUAUUCUUGACAUCAGCUAGAGAUCCAGGAAUCAUCCCAAGAAAUAAAACAUCAUUAAAUCUUGAAGAUGGCUCAAAUAGUUCCUUGACACAGUCUAUGGAAUGGGUCAACAACAAAACUCCUCAUCUCAAGAUUCCUAGAACAAAAGACGUUUUCGUUAACGGCUACACUAUCAAAGUCAAGUUCUGUGAGACUUGUUUGCUCUACCGUCCACCACGUGCAUCACACUGCUCCAUAUGUAACAACUGUGUCCAACGCUUUGAUCACCAUUGUCCAUGGGUUGGACAAUGCAUUGCCCAUAGAAACUACCCGUUCUUCAUCUGCUUCAUCUCAACGUCAACGUUGUUAUGCAUAUACAUCUUUGCGUUCUCAUGGAUCAAUCUAAUCCGACAGCCUGGGAGAUUGUGGAGUACAAUGUCUCAUGACAUAAUCUCUGUCAUUCUCAUCAUCUAUUCAUUCGUUUCUAUCUGGUUCGUUGGUGGCCUUACCAUUUUCCACGUCUAUCUUAUGUCUACAAAUCAGACAACUUAUGAGAAUUUUCGGUCCCGUUAUGAUAAGAAAGAAAACCCUUACAAGAGAGGGUUGCUGAAGAACGUUAAAGAAGUGUUGUUCGCCAAGAUCCCACCUUCUCAACUAGAUCUCAGAGCAAUGGUCCCAGAAGAAGAUGACGGAUCUGAGUAUGAGUCAGAGUAUAGCUCUUCCAUCAGAUAUGAUAAUGAAAAGGGAGGCAAACUCCCUAAAAGGGUGAGCCCGGAGAAGCUUAACUUAGAUAAUAUUGACAUUAGCAAUGAAUACGAGACAGCUAAAGAUGAUGCUUCUUCUGAGCUUGAUCCUUCUUUCUUCUCAUCUCAACUAGACUUGCCUAAGUAACAGCAAUGAAAUGACCCUCUUUAAUGUUGUAUCAUAUUUUAUCUAUAUUGUCAGGAAUAUUCUGAUGGAAUAGCAAGUACUAAGGAUUAGCUAGGUUUGAUUAGAGACCUAAAGUAAAAUUGUACAAAUGUGGCCCUUGAAGUUUUAUACUAUUUUUACUUAUAUAACUCAAUAUUUUUGUUAGGGUUACGACAUAAAUUUUGAGAAAAAAACAAAAAAUAUGACAAUAUUGUUUUAAUGCAUAGUUGGAUCAUGCACUAACAAAUGAUAAAUUUCAAAUAGGUUUGGAACCUUUGUUGUCUCCGUUUCUCUAGAGAAUAACGAUUUUAUAGUGGU